AUGAGUUCCUCAGUACUCAUCCGACGGUCCGAGAUCCCUUAUUCUAGAGCACUCCACAAUUCAGGAGAGAGAGAGAUUUUGGGCCCUUGGUGGCUUGAGGGGAAAGAUUACUUGGGCUUCAUAAUCUUGCCGUUAAAGGACCUUUCUUGUCGCCUGUUGUCCCGACCGUCGGAAAAAUCCGAGCUUUCUUACAGUGUUAAUCUCAGGGGCUUUGAAGGUUUUUACUGGGACAGGGAGAAGGAUAGAGGGGAUUCUUCAGAUCUGGACAUUUGCCCUCUCGAAAACUGGAAGCAAACCGGAAGAAGGCGAGUUUUUGUGCAAACCGAGACUGGUUGUGUCUUGGGCAUGGACCUCGACAGAAGUGACAAUGCUCACACCGUAAAAAGAAGAUUACAGCUGGCACUCAAUUUCCCAAUCGAAGAAAGUUCCUUAACUUUCGGCGAUAUGAUCCUCAAAAACGACCUAAGUGCCGUUCGAAAAGAUUCGCCUCUCCUCCUCACCCGAAACCUUAUCCACCGUAGCUCAUCAACCCCUUGCCUUUCCCCUAUGGGCCCGGAAGCCCAUCACGAGCAAGACGGGCUUAUCGAGAUAUUGGGCCAUUCGGCCCGUUUUGCCAAAACCAAACAGAUUGUGAAAAAGAUUGUUAAAGCGGUUAAAAACGGUGUCGAUCCAGUCCCUAUACACAGUGGGCUCGGGGGCGCGUACUAUUUCAAGAAUCUGAGAGGUGAAAACGUGGCCAUUGUGAAGCCCACUGACGAGGAGCCCUUUGCUCCGAACAAUCCAAAGGGCUUUGUCGGAAAAGCCCUCGGGCAGCCCGGUUUGAAACGUUCGGUUAGGGUCGGUGAGACCGGUUUUCGUGAGGUGGCUGCUUAUCUUCUCGAUUACGACCAUUUCGCGAACGUCCCGCCAACUGCCCUCGUCAAGAUCACUCAUCCGAUAUUCAACGUGAAUGACGGCUUGAACAACGGGAAGAAUUCCAAAAAAAAUCGAGUCUUUAGCAAGAUUGCGUCUUUUCAGCAGUUCAUCCCGCACGAUUUCGACGCGAGCGAUUAUGGGACCUCGUGUUUUCCCGUUUCGGACGUGCACCGAAUCGGGAUUCUUGAUAUAAGGAUUCUUAACACGGAUAGGCAUGCAGGGAAUCUUUUGGUGAGGAAGGUUAAUGAAGAAGGGCAAUUUGGUCAAUUCGAGCUUAUACCGAUCGAUCACGGGCUCUGCCUGCCCGAGACUUUAGAAGAUCCUUAUUUCGAGUGGAUACAUUGGCCUCAGGCUUCGAUCCCGUUCUCGGAAGACGAGCUUGAGUACAUACAAAAUCUCGACCCUGCUCGCGACUCGGAUAUGCUAAAACGCGAGCUUCCCAUGAUUAGAGACGCUUGUCUGCGUGUAUUGUUCCUCUGCACUGUUUUUUUAAAAGAAGCUGCAGCUAACGGGCUUUGUCUUGCUGAGAUUGGGGAAAUGAUGAGUCGGGAGUUUAAAAGUGGGGAGGAAGAACCGAGCGAACUUGAAGUUAUAUGCCUCGAGGCUCGAAGGCUUGCUGCUGAGGAGAUUUUAUAUUCUACUAACAAGGUUGGAGCUGAUUUUGAUGAUGACAAUUUUCAUUUUGAGAUAGACUGUUGUGAGGAGGAUAAUAAUAAUGGGUAUGAUGAGUUGGCACCGAAAAUGGUCACCGAUGAGUCUUUUACGUCAAUGCCCUUCCAGUUUGGGUUCGGGAGUGUGAAUGGGCGUUUUACUCCACUUUCUCGACUAGAGGAGACGGUUGAGGAGGAGGAGGAGAAGGAGGAUAGUGAAGAAGUAGAAGAUGAGGAAAGAGUGCUGACUAGCAGUCGAACCGUAGUUAAGAGUCGAGUUGCAAUUUCGAAGCUUUCUGUGUCUUUAAAAAAUACUAGCUUAGUCGAGAGGACUCAAAAAUCGGGAAAGUUGUAUUCUGUGGCGAAGAUGACUAACGGGUAUCUUGCUAAUUCAUCAUCUGGCCAUACGAGCGCAAAUGAACAGCUUCCGGCAAGUGUGAGUUUUGUGAAGCUGGCUGAUAUGAGUGAAGAUGAGUGGACUCUUUUUAUGGAGAAGUUUCAAGAGCUGCUUGGUCCGGUUUUUGAGAAGCGGAAGUUUGUGAGCUUCGGUCAGAAGCAGAGGCAGAGGCUUGGGACUUCUUGCAAGUUUUGA